CAGCGAAAAGUGAAUGAAAUGACGGUGUUAUGACACAUACAUAAGAUUUUGAAAUAGAACAACAAUCCGAAGCGCAGUUCCGAACCUUUGUUCGAUACGAACCCGCCCUGCUUCAUGAAGUGUUCGUUUAGUUUCGGUUUUGUCUUGGCGGACGUGAUGCCGACUGCAGUGUUCCGAUUCGGUCCCGUCGAUAAAAAACUAAUCCCUUUCACCACAUGCCAGCGUGUGGUGAAGUUUGGACUCUUUUCUUUUCACACUGCGGAAGACUGAAGCGAGCUGCGCUUUGGGUCGUCAACAAGCUGCUGGAAACGAAACUGUCGGUGUGAUUUGAACCAAUUCAUUAUGUUCCACUUUGUGCCACCGAUUUGAGAGGAAAGGAUGGCCGGGGAGCGAUGUGAAGGAGUUGGAAAAGCAGAGGUGGAGGAUGAGUUUGCUUGUGCUCAGAUGCUGCGAGGCUCUCUGACGUCCCUCCACAGCUCCGUGGAGCGAAUAUUCAGGGUGUCCUUUGAGAUCGGAGUGGACGAUUUGCCCUGCAACAACAAUGGCCAGAUAUGGCUGAAACUCAGAGGCCUGAGAAACAAUGUCAAAGCCGCCAAGUUGUUUGUGAAGGGACUUGUGAACCAGGAGGAGCAGCAAGAGGUUUCCUAUCCAGAAGUCCUUCAUUGUAUCUUCUGUGGAGCCAAAGGUCUGUUCAUGGAUUGCCUGAUGAGAAACACGUCUGCGCUUAUUGUGGUUGGAUCCCCAGGAUUCCUGCUCAUUUCCGGACUGGCAGAGCCAGUGGUUCGAGCUUCCUCUCUCAUCACGGACCUGGUGCAACAGUAUGAAGGUCUCGAGGUUAAACAGUCUGACUCUGGGGACAGAGUGUCAGCUGAGUCUCUGGAUUCACGCCGGGCCUUCAAAUCUCUGGUGGAGAAAUGGGAGGACAGGCACAUUCUGGAUCUUCUGGUGCUCCCGGCUCUAGUGAAAGAAAUCUUGCUGGACUUGGUGAGGAAAUCGGGGCUCAGCUCAAGCCCAAGCACAGUGGAGAUGGACGGAAAGUUGGUGGUCAGAUUACAUGACCACCCAGAAGACGAAUGGGACCGAGCCUCUGCCGUCACGUACAAGCGCCCUGAGGGUUCCAGUGAGACUCACAAAACGUUUGAUGGGUUGAAGGGAACAAGUGCUGCAGCUAAAGAGCCGUACUUCAAGUCUUCCCCGACCUCUGAAGGUACUACAGUGAUCACAGAGCAUGCUGCGGAAAGAACUACGUCUUUUCCACAGGAGGUGGGAGAAGAGGAGCAGUUAGGUACUGAGGACAGAGAGGCACUGGAGCAGAGAGAAGGAGAGCCAAAGUCCUCAGUAGGAAACAAGGAGUUCUUGCUCUUGAUGAAGUUCUUUACAGCCAUGGGCUACACAGAGGAGGUCGUGAAACGAGUGCUCGCCCGAACUGGACCCAGAGAGGCUUCACAAAUACUGGAUUUGGUUCAACAGGAACAAGAUCGCAGUGACCAGGAGCAGAAGGAACCACAAGAUCACGUCCCCCAGAGUCAGAAGAACCGGCCCUGUGAGACAGAGCACCGAGAGGACGACGAAACAGGAGGAGGACUUACUUUGAUGAGCAGUGAGGAAGAGCUCAGAGAGAAACCAAGAACUCUGGUGGGAGACACGGAUGGAGUGACCAGGAGCAUAAGACCACUCAAGGUAGAAGGUACAGGAGAUGUAAAAGAGGGAGGACACGAGGAGGACUUUGUUCUGCGAGUGAUGCAGAAAGCUGCAGCGAGCUGUGGCUACACGGAACAGAAAGUAGCUAAAGUCUACAGCAUGUUGCCAGAUUUGUCCACCCACCAGCUGCUCCUCGAACUGCAGAGAGAGGGCACCAAAGAGACAGUCGCCCCCAGGGAGGGACCGAGGGAGAUGGACGAUGUGGUGCUAGAAAGAGGGGGGCAAAAAUAUGGAACAGCAGACGAGGAGGCACAACGAGACAAACCGGCCCCAAACCGGACGUUCCUACCUGUAGAGAAUCAGGAAGUGGAUGAUAAAAGAAGGCUAAAAGUAAAAACCAUACCUGCUCCAGAGCCGGAUUUAUUUCACUGGAAUAAAAGUCACACUUCCAAGUCCCAAACUCAGCUCCAAAACAUUCCACCUGAUGUCCGAGGGCCACCCAUGUCUACCUAUUCCUCCUCCAUGGAUCAACCGUUCCCCAAUUUCCAAACCUCCAAUCAAGUUGCCCAAACUAUCUACUCCUCUAACCCACCUGCUCAUUUCACCACCACCCCAAAGCAAAUCCCCCCAAAACAUGAUGAUGUCCAAAAGCCAAAGUCCAAACAGGCUCAUCAUGUGCUUCAAAUGUCCAUCUUGUCAAAGCCAAAUGUGUCUCCCAGCAGAACAAAAGAAAAACGGGGAUUCAUAUCCUCUUCUUCGGGGGUGGUGGUUACAGGGGAGCAGCGCUUCCUGGAAGGGCUAGAGAUGCCCUUUGACCUUCAAAUAACAGACAAGCCUGGUGACCCAAACCUGAGGACAGUCAUCAUUGAUGGGAGUAACGUCGCCAUGAGUCAUGGGCUGGGUCAUUUCUUCUCCUGUCGAGGAAUCGCUCUGGCCGUGCAGCAUUUCUGGGACAGAGGUCACCGUCACAUCAGCGUCCUCCUGCCGCAGUGGCGACAGAAAAGCGACCCCCAAGUCUCAGAGCAGCAUUACCUGAAUGAGCUGCAGACGUUGGGCCUGCUGUCCUACACGCCCUCCAGGGAGGUGCAGGGAAAGAGGAUCAGCUGCUAUGACGACAGAUUUAUGCUACAGCUUGCACAGAAGACGAACGGAGUGAUUGUGACUAAUGACAACCUGAGAGACCUCUUGGAUGAGUCCCACGUAUGGAGGGAUAUCAUCAAAAAGAGACUUCUUCAGUACACUUUUGUCGGUGAUCACUUUAUGGUGCCGGACGACCCUCUGGGGAGAGGAGGGCCUCACCUGGACAUCUUUCUGUGCUCACAGGACAAGCCUCUUGAGCCAGGAAACCACUCCUUUGCAGGUCUAGCUGCCCCAUUAGCUUCCUCCAAACCUCCACGCUCCCAAACAGAGGUUCUGAACUUCCGGGAUCGAACACUAGGGGGAGCUCUGCAUCCAGCAGCUGGGAGCAGCAGCAAAUGGAGAGGGAGGGGGCAGGAUGCAGGGUUCAGAGAGAUGGGUGUCCAGCAGAGGCAGCAGGGAGCUGCAGGUCCUGGGCUGGUUUUCAGCACAGACAGGAGCUCAGAAGAAACAGCCCGGCUCAGUGAGCAACUCGGUCAGGUUUUCCCAGAUCAGGACAGUAUGGUGACUUUGGUGCUGCAGAGCAACCCAAAAGUGACAGACAUCAACGUGCUGUCCGAUCUGAUCCUGGAGCAGCAGUUGUACUACAACUCUUCCUAAGGGCAGCCACGCGGUUUCCCACAACAGCAGUAAAUUACUGUGUCUUAAGCUACAUAAGCAAAGAUAA